AUCAAGCAAUCGCAGUCUCUGAUAGACUUUGCCGUGUAAGGAACUUUCGUCGCCUAGUUAAUGUAAAUAUUACAUUUGUUGAGAAUUUAGAGUUUAUUUUAGCGUACAUAAGCCCAAAAUUAUCGUUCACGUUCCCCGUGCAAUUCGUUGCUCGGCGUCAUUCCGUAAUAUUUCUCAUCUAGCCGAGAUCGGCGAUAACCAAAAAAUCUCUCCGUAGAUGAUUGUCUGAAAGAGUACAUUCAGACUUAUCUGUGCCCCAAGCUCCUGAUAAGUAUUUCAAGAGAUUGUGAGUGUAAAACAGAAACAUGAGGGUUGUUGCACUAGUCAGUGGUGGUAAAGAUUCUUGCUUUAAUAUGAUGCAAUGUGUAGCUGCAGGCCACGAUAUUGUGGCUUUAGCUAAUUUAUAUCCUGUUGGAAAGGAUGAGUUAGAUUCGUUCAUGUUUCAAACUGUUGGAUAUCAGGGUGUUGAGUACAUUGCAGAUGCUAUGGGCUUGCCAAUGUAUCGCGAACCAACUUUUGGUAGAUCAAAAAUGCAAGAGAAAUGUUAUUAUCCAACAGAAAACGACGAAGUCGAAGAUCUCUUUAGGCUGUUAACUAAAGUAAAGGAAAAAGAGAAUAUAGAAGCUGUCUCCUCGGGAGCUAUUCUGAGCGAUUAUCAACGAAUUCGUGUGGAAAAUGUAUGUAGUCGUUUAGGUCUUGUUUCUUUGUCGUAUUUAUGGAGACGAGAUCAAGACGAGUUGUUAAAAGAAAUGAUAGGAAGUUCUGUAAAUGCUGUUUUAAUUAAGGUGGCAGCUUUAGGCCUUGAACCAAGGCAUUUGGGUAAAUCGAUCUCUGAAAUGCAACCCCAUCUUGCCAAGAUAAAAGAAAAGUAUGGUGUAAACGUAUGUGGAGAAGGCGGGGAAUAUGAAACGUUCACGUUAGAUUGUCCAUUAUUUAGUAAAAGUAUCGUAAUAGACGAAUAUGAAAGUGUAGUACAUUCGAUCGACAACAUAGCGCCAGUCGGAUAUCUGAACUUUAAAAAAAUACACGUACAAGAUAAGAAUGAUGGCUUGGAUAGAUUAACGCUGCAAGAGAGAUUAAAAAAUGUUCCUAUUAAAAUACCAUCCGAUUACAUCGCAGAAAUCAUUGGUCCAGAAUUGCAGGAUGGUUGUAAUCUAUCGGAAGACGAAAACGAUGAACACGAUUGUAUAGAUAGUAAUCUGAAAACGUCGAAUUCUGGUCAGUUCAAUCCACCGAGUCCUAUGGAAAUUUUAUACGAAGAAGAAGAUUAUCCCGAUAUACCGGUAGUAAAUAAGAAUCAAACCGGCUGGUUCUGGUUUGGCGGUGUCGCUGGGAAACAUCCGGAUGCGAAAUCCGCGAUGAGAGAAGCAUUGGAGAAAUUAAGCAGUCUAGUCAAGAAGGAGAGUCUUCAAAUAUCGGACAUCGUUGCCGUAACAUUGUAUAUAAAAGACAUGUCGAAUUACGUAUCUAUAAACGAAGCUUACACCUCGUGUCUGAGUAAAAUAAAUCCACCAGUCCGUGUAUGCGUGGAAUGUCCGUUAAACGUGCACGUUGUACUUGACGCUAUAGCCUAUAAAGAAACUCAAGACUGCGGUGAUAAGAAAGUUCAUAAACGACACACAAUGCAUGUUCAGAGCAUAAGUCAUUGGGCACCAGCGAACAUUGGUCCUUACUCUCAAGCUGUUCGUGUGGGCGAUAUUAUCUCAGUCGCUGGACAGAUACCUUUGGUGCCUGGUAGUAUGACCGUUUUGGAUUUGAACAUUAAAAGGCAAUGUCGAUUGACAUUGCGGCACAUAGAUCGUAUCGUUAAAGCUAUGGACUCAAAUACGCAACUCAGGGACAUUGUACAAGGUAUCUGUUUUUUGACCCACUCUAGUUACAUACCAGACGCACGAAAGGAAUGGGAGAAACGAACAAAUAACGCCAUCGUGGACUACAUUGUUGUACCGAACCUUCCACGUGGUGCACAGGUUGAAUGGUGCGUUUGGGCUCAUAGAGAUAAUAAUAGGUUCGAAUAUGAAGAGACUGGAAGAUGCGUAGGUAAUUUCAAAGUAGCAAUAAGACGUAGAUGGAACUAUGAGAAUAAUGUUUCAGCGAUUGUCUGUUACAUGUCUACCGGUUCGUCUAAUUCGACUGGUAAUUUAGCCACGGAAACAAAUUUGCCCUCUACAGAACUGACUGUAAGCGAACUGACAGAGGCAUUCGAGUACGUAUUGUGCAAACUCACGAAAGGAUCGCAAACCGAGAAUCCGACCUGUAAUCUACGGAUCUUCUACAAGGUCGGUAGUUCGCCGGGGCCGAAUUUCGUCCAGGACAUGCUAUCGAAAUUUUCUACGAGAAAUUUAGUUACCACCAUCGUACCGGCGACGCACUUACAUAAUUUCAGUACCUUUUUAUCCAUAUGCGGUAUUAGACACGAGUAAAGCCUAACAUCAAUCUUUACGUUGUCAAUUAUUUAUAAAAACAAAGGAAGAAAAAAUCAUUACUGCGUCACUAAAGGAUUAUAAAGGGAUUUUAUUUGCCGUUUAAAUUAUUUCAAUCAAUGAGUACGAGCUAAUGACAAAUCGAUUUUAAUAUGUAUACAAAAAAAAAAGAAAA